CCUCUUUUGUUUACAAUGUUUUUUUUCUUUCAGCCGGAGAUGAUAAGAAGCGCGGGUUAUCCCGCGGAGGCUCAUGUUAUAAUGACGGAGGAUGGGUAUCUCUUGACGUUACAUCGUAUUCCAGGUGGCAACAAUUCUCUACCUGUGCUGCUGCAACACGGUCUUUUAAGCAACUCCGCUCAAUGGAUUAUUCUUGGCAAAGACAAAGCAUUCCCUUACCUAUUAGCGGAUCAAGGAUACGAUGUUUGGUUAGGCAAUUUUCGUGGUAAUAUUUAUUCGAAAGCGCAUAUUUCUUUAUCUCCGUCGGACUCGACAUUUUGGGAUUUCAGUUUCAACGAAAUGGGCAUCUACGAUUUACCCGCGAUGAUUAAAUUUAUUACAAAUAUGAAAUCGCAACCGUUGCAUACGUAUAUCGGUCAUUCGAUGGGUACAACAACUUUUUACAUAAUGGCAUCAGAGCGUCCAGAAAUCGCUCAAAUGGUGCAAAUGAUGAUCAGCUUGGCACCAGCGGUCUUCGUAAAUCAUAUGCAAAGUCCGAUACAAUACUUGGUCCCUUUCAGGAGGGAGCUAAAGUUAUUAGAGGAUCAGGGAUACGAUGUUUGGUUAGGCAAUUUUCGUGGUAAUAUUUAUUCGAAAGCGCAUAUUUCUUUAUCUCCGUCGGACUCGACAUUUUGGGAUUUCAGUUUCAACGAAAUGGGCAUCUACGAUUUACCCGCGAUGAUUAAAUUUAUUACAAAUAUGAAAUCGCAACCGUUGCAUACGUAUAUCGGUCAUUCGAUGGGUACAACAACUUUUUACAUAAUGGCAUCAGAGCGUCCAGAAAUCGCUCGAAUGGUGCAAAUGAUGAUCAGCUUGGCACCAGCGGUCUUCGUAAAUCAUAUGCAAAGUCCGAUACAAUACUUGGUCCCUUUCAGGAGGGAGCUAAAGAUGAUAAUGCAGCUUUUCUUCCACGAUGAAUUUCUCCAAACCGAUUUAGUGAGAUUUUUUUUUAAAUACGGCUGCGACGAACACAUCACCGGAGAGCUUUGCUCCAACGUGAUGUCUAUGAUCUGGGGUUACGACCGCGAGCAGUUUAACCACGCUCUGCUGCCCGUCAUCCUAAGUCAUUUUGGGACCGGAGCCUCGGCUAAAACGGUAUUACACUACGUUCAAGAAAUCCAAUCGGGCAAGUUUCGCAAAUACGAUUAUGGUCGCGCGAAAAAUCUGUUGAUCUACAAUUCGACGGAACCUCCGGACUAUGAUCUAGCGAAUAUCACCGUACCAAUUGCAUUGUUUUACUCUGACAAUGACUGGUUGAUUAGCGUAGAGGAUGUGAAGAGGUUGUACCAUUUACUGCCCAACGUAGUGGAUAUGUACGAAGUACCGUGGCCCAAAUUUAAUCACGUGGAUUUUAUGUGGGCCAGGGAUGCGCCCAAUCUCUUAUACGAGAGAGUACUCGAGCUUAUGAAGAGAAAAAAUUUAAAUAAUGUUACAUCGAUGGGGUAAUGUUCAUUAACAAUUAAAAUAAAUUAUGAAUAUUGCACAUUAAAUCCUUAGUAAUAUUGAUAUUAUUGAUAGUGGUCACAAUCAUUACUUCAAUGAAACGUAAACUUAUAAUAUUUUAGUAUUAUUUACAAUUAGUGCAGAAGUAAUUAGUGCGAAUUAGAAUAAUACGGUAUGUCCAAAAUAAAUACGGCCUUGCCGUACACGCGCCGCUCGACCGCGCCCUGUUUCUUGCGCGUUUCCCGCGUCGUCAAAAUAAACACGGCCUCGCCGUACGCCGCCGAAUAUCUUAAGCGGUUCGAUACAUCGAACAUCGCGCACCGACUAACGAACGCGAAUUGCAUCUAACGCGUUGCAUUAUCCGCCACGCGCUAACUUCACGAAACAUAUUGUAAAUAGACCAUUGCCGAAAGAGGCGAAUAAAUACGCUACAUUAUAACU